UCUGAUUGCAAAGAUGUAAAUAUGAAUUUAAAUUCCAACUGUUUAGAUUUUAGAAAACCAAAGACUUGGGGUUUCUGAACUUAACCUAUAAAAACUUACACAGGGAUGGAUAUAUUUUAGACUUAUGUAUAAACAUUCCCCCUUUUCUUGAUAGAAAGUAAAUGAUGAAAAUAUUUUAUUUAAUCUGACCGGAUAAUUUAUAGCUUUUUUCCGAUGUUCAUAUAUACUUUUUAAAAAGAAAAUUUUUUUGGUUUGUUUAUUUUUGAGACAAGGUCUGGCUCUGCUGCCCAGACCGGGGUGCAGCAGCACUAUCUCAGUUCACUGCAGCCUUCACUUCCAGGGCUCAAGUGAUCCUAUGACCUCAGCCUGCAGAGCAGCUGGGACCACAAGAAAACACAAGAAUCCUCGGCUAAUUUUUGUAUUUUUUUUGAAGAGACAGGGUUUCAUCCUGUGUGUCAUACUGGCCUUGAACUCCUCAGCUCAAGUGAUCCUGGAGUGCUGGGAUUACUGACAUGAGCUACCACACCCAGGCACUCAUGUACCAUUUAACUUGUGUUCUGAAAAUCUCCGUUUUCUGCCUACCCCAUUUUUAAGUAGGUGAUAUUUUAAAAAUCUUUCUACCUCCCUUCAACUUAAGUUUUAAUCAUUUACAACAAGUAUUCCUAUUAAAAUGCAGACAAUAAGUCAUGAUUGGAGAAGGAAUCAGUGAGCAAUAUAGUGAGUAGUUUGUAUUAUUUCAAUCUCUGGCAUGGUGAUACAGUUCAGUAUUGUUUAACAUUUUAUUAUUUCAAGAGACAUUUGUUUUAAUCAGAGGAAUCUGGCUAACUUAUAUAAAGAAGAAAAAUGAAUGGGAAUUUUAAGAACUAAGACGAAGAAAUUAAGAAGAUAAGUUUGAGAAUUGAUGUCAGUUACAAUUAAGUUGAAAAUGUAGCAUUUUCUCAGAAGAGUGACAAGUAUAUUAAAUUCCUAUUGAUAAGAUUAUUUAAAUUUUUUAUUAUGACAGCGGUGAUAUUAUAGGGGUAUAUGACAAAGUAUGUAAUGCCAAGUUUUAGGCACCUUGUCUAAAUGUAGCAAGUAAAUAUCUAAGAUACUUUUAAAAAGUUACAAUAUUUUAGUGUUUGUGACCGAGGUGGAAACAAUUAACUGCAUGUGUUAAAUCUCUGUUCUCUCCUCAUCUUGUUGACUAUAAAAAUAAUUUCUAAGGGGUACUUGAAAAUGGAUAAACUACAUGACACACUAGCCAUCCAAAGUGUCCUAUAUUCUGAGGUGUGUGAUGAGAUAAAAUGAUUCAAAAUAGCCCUAGUGUGAGAAUUUCCUGUUCAAAUCUGAAGUGACACAUUGGUGAGGAAUCUACAUUUUCCACUCUUGCCUCACGCUGAGGCUUCAAAGGGCAGUCAGUAAAAUCACAGAUAUCUCUUGUGUCUUGAAGAGGUAACCUGACCUCUCCACUGAAGAGUGUGUGACUUUCUGAUGACAGAAGGAACUGAACAGGAAAUAUUCCAAGAAGAAUUAAACCUUCGAAAUGCUUCUCCGAAUCAUCAAGGGAUUGAUAAAACAUAUGACUGCAAAGGUUUGCUGCCACCUCCAGAGAGGCUCACUGCUGAGGUCCUGGGAAUCAUUUGCAUUGUCCUAAUGGCCACCGUGUUAAAAACAAUAGUUCUUAUUCCUUUCCUGGAGCAGAACUGUUCUUCCCCGAAUACAAGAACCCAGAAAGCACAUCAUUGUGACCAUUGUCCAGAGGAGUGGAUUAUGUAUUCCAACAGUUGUUAUUACAUUGGUAAGGAAAGAGGAACGUGGGAAGAGAGUUUGCUGGCCUGUGCUUCAAAGAACUCCAGUCUGGUUUCUCUAGAUAAUGAAGAAGAAAUGCGAUUUCUGGCCACCAUUUCACCUUUCUCAUGGAUUGGUGUGUUUCGUAACAGCAGUCAUCAUCCAUGGGUGUCCAUAGACAGCUUGACUUUCAAAUAUUAUAUUAUUAAAGACUCAAAUAAUGCUGAACAUAACUGUGCAGUGCUACAUGUAAACGGACUUAUAGCAAAGCCAUGUGGAUCUUCAAUAACAUAUCAUUGUAAGCAUAAGCUUUAGAAUUAAAACAUUUGAGUUUGCAGUCUGACAGAUAAAUUUUAUAUUUGUUAAAAUAGAAAUAAGAUGAUUGAAUAAGUCUUAAAAUGAAUCAUGUUAUUUGCUGUAAUAAUAAGAAAAUUCUAAAUCGUUAUUGAAAUAUAAUACACACAGUUACAAAAGUCCAGAUCUCCUAGCAUUUGCGUCAGGCUUAUUUUGCUCAACUUGAUGUUUGUGGCAUUCAGUCUUCCUAAAAGGUGCAUAUUAUGUGAGUCAGUUUAUAUGAAGUAGCAAGAACAGGCAAACUCAUGGAGACAGAGAGUAGAAGAGUGAUUGCCAAUGCCCAAGGAAGGUUGAAAUAGGAGAUGGCCACUAAUUGCUAGAAUGUUUCUUUGUGUCAGUGAUGAAAACUUUCUAAAUUUCAACCUUAGUGGCGUUGGUUGGAACUCUGGGAAUAUGCUAAAAAUCACUGAUUUGUAAUCAUUUUAAGUGGAUGAAAUUUAUGCUGUGUGCAUGAUACCUCAAUAAAGCUGUCAAAUAAAAACAAACAAACAAACAAAACCUCUCAUGUGGUUGUUUGUGACUGCAUUUAAUCCCUAAGGUAAUUUUUAAAGAUUAGCUUCUUGACUUUUCAAUUAAUAUCAUAUUGUGUCCUUCAAUGCACUGUGUUCAAUGUACUGGGUUCUCUUUAAUUUCUCUCUAUCAUAUUAUGCAUUUUGGGGGAUUUAAUCAUACAGAAAUGCAGAUGUUUUACAUUCAUGCUUUUGUAAAUGGCAUCCUGAUUUUAAUAUUCCUUUUAGUAAUUUUUGUUGUAAAUAGAAAUACAAUUGAUGUCUGCAUUUUGAUGUUUUAUCUAGUUAUUUCACUUAUUUUACAUAUUUAAAUCUAUCAUUUCAAAUAUAGCUUUUUCUGGAUUUUCUAUAUAAACAUCAAUUUUAUCUGCAAAUAAUCGCACUUUUUUUUCUAUCCAUGUGCAAUAACUUAUUUUUUCUACAUUUAUUUUCACUGGGUAGGGCUUUAUAUCCCUAACUGAAUAGAAGGUACAGUCAAAUUCUGUGUGUAUCAUAUGUAUCAUUUUCUCAUUUUGGCAAAAAAAUUCAAAAUAUUAUUCAUAUUUACAAAAUUCAUUUUUUAUUGUAUCGUUCUUAUGUUGAAGCAGUUUUAUA